AAAAUGGAGGUGGUUGAGAAACAUUUAGUGGAACAAUUUGAUAUGUUUUCCCUUGGGAAAGAUUUACUCCAAGGGAACUUUGAAGAAACUCAGGAUGAAUGAAAAUGUGUACUGCAGGAAGUACUGCUGGAUAUAUGGAGCACAAUGGAAACUAUGAGAGAGAAUAUAAAAUCUAAACGGGAAUUAAUCUCUCAGAUGAAAAAACAACUCGAAGCAACUAAAAGGAUUACCCAGCUAUUGACCCAGCAUGGAGCGAGGAUUAAGACUUAUGAGAAUUCAAAUCUGCCCGUGAACAUCAGAAAACAGCAGAUCACGAACCAGGAAAGGGAGGUAAGCGGGACGGAGGAGAAACCCCUGACACUCAACCUCAACCUGGUCCAACACCUUACUCUCACAGAGUUCAAUUCUAUCCCGAAAUAUAUGAAGGGUCGUGUACAAUAUGAAACACUGGGAACUGCAGUAGAAGAGAUAAACUCUGCUCUUCACUUCAAAUAUACAUUUACUGCUAGGAAAUUCAGCUCCCUGAAAGAAAUCUGCGAUAAGAAAAGAUGGAAACUGUACAAAUCCCAGGAGUCCCCCGCCACCAGAGGAGUUCAUUUCAUUACAGCAGACGAACUAAAGGAUAGUCCACUGCUGAAGUCUGAGGUGACUCGGAGGAAUCUAUUUACCAUUUUCAGACAUUUCAAGAAAAUCAGGGAGAUAAGAGGACCAGGUAGUAUUGUGAGAUUUGCUUCGGCCUAAUAGAAUCUGCACAUGUAUGGGACAGCUAUUGCUAUUUCUAAAAAGACGACCCGCCAUCUGAUGAAGUAUGGGUGCUUCUCUCUGACCUAAAACUACAUCUAUCCAGAAUAAAAAACUACAUUUUACAUAAUUAAUUUAAUGCAAUCUAACAAUUAGAUUUUUCCCAACCACGAUUCCUGUCACCUUCAAAUACAUUUUUUCGUAAAGCUCUUAGAUUUUUAAUUAAAGUUUAAUACAUUUCUAUUUCAGAAAAA